AGUUUGCAUUGGACAGAAAAGAGAGAGCACGUUUCUCGUGGUGGUAAAGUUCUUAUUCUCGGAUCGCGAAGGCCGUGGUCCGUGGUCGUGGUCGUCGUGGUAGCUUUGGCCUCGCUCGCUCGUCUCGCGCUGGCUUGCCAUUUUGUGACGCUUCUCGUAUAUAAAUCUUCGUAAACAAAGUUAUAUCAGUAAUACGUCUCAAUAAUAAAGUUUUAAGGCCGGGACAAUGUCCAAACGGAGGAUUGAAGUUGUAGACCCUUACGUCAAGAGACGAGCAGAUGGUCAAGAAAAUGUACCAUCACCGGUACAGGUGGGAAACAGUACAUCGGCACAGCUGAAUCCCUACACAGGACUGCCUUACACUCGUAGAUAUCAUGAUUUUCUGAAGAAGAGAAUAACCUUACCAGUCUUUGAGUACAGAAGUGACUUUAUGAGACUAUUGGCACAACAUCAGUGUAUCGUACUGGUGGGUGAGACAGGUUCUGGGAAAACAACUCAGAUACCGCAAUGGUGCGUGGAAUAUUCAAUCUCUGUGGGAAAAAAAGGAGUAGCUUGUACGCAACCCAGAAGAGUAGCAGCGAUGUCGGUGGCACAACGAGUUUCUGAAGAAAUGGAUGUAAUUUUGGGAAUGCAAGUUGGUUACAGUAUUCGUUUUGAGGAUUGUAGCUCGGUUCAUACAGUCCUAAAAUACAUGACCGAUGGUAUGUUAUUGCGGGAAGGUAUGUCUGAUCCCAUGCUCGAAGCUUAUCAAGUAAUAUUAUUGGACGAAGCUCACGAGAGGACACUUGCAACCGAUUUACUCAUGGGAGUACUGAAAGAAGUAAUAAAACAAAGAUCCGAUUUGAAACUCGUAAUUAUGAGCGCGACCCUUGAUGCUGGCAAAUUUCAACAAUACUUUGAUAAUGCGCCUUUGAUGAAUGUUCCUGGCCGAACACAUCCUGUUGAAAUAUUUUACACACCCGAGCCAGAGCGCGAUUAUCUCGAAGCUGCUAUAAGAACAGUUGUACAGAUACACAUGUGCGAAGAGGGUAGCGGUGAUCUUUUGCUGUUUCUUACGGGUCAAGAAGAAAUCGAGGAAGCUUGCAAGAGAAUCAAACGUGAAAUGGACAACUUAGGACCCGAUGUCGGAGAGCUCAAAUGCAUUCCACUCUAUUCCACCCUGCCACCGAAUUUGCAACAACGAAUAUUUGAGGCAGCCCCUCCCAAUAAACCCAAUGGUGCCGUUGGAAGAAAAGUCGUUGUUUCAACCAAUAUCGCCGAAACUUCGUUGACCAUCGAUGGUGUAGUUUUUGUCAUCGAUCCUGGGUUUGCCAAACAAAAGGUUUACAAUCCAAGGAUUCGAGUUGAAUCACUCCUAGUAUCACCGAUUAGCAAAGCUUCGGCUCAACAGAGAGCUGGACGAGCGGGUCGUACGCGACCCGGAAAAUGCUUCAGGUUGUAUACCGAAAAAGCAUUCAAAAACGAGAUGCAGGACAAUACUUAUCCCGAAAUUCUACGAUCUAAUUUGGGAAGUGUUGUUUUACAACUUAAAAAACUUGGCAUUGAUGAUCUGGUUCACUUUGACUUCAUGGAUCCACCGGCUCCUGAAACUCUAAUGCGAGCUCUGGAACUGUUAAAUUAUCUUGCUGCUCUUGACGACGAUGGAAAUUUGACGGAUUUGGGAGCUAUAAUGGCGGAAUUUCCACUCGAUCCUCAACUUGCGAAAAUGCUUAUAGCAUCUUGUAAUCACAAUUGUAGCAACGAGAUACUCAGUAUAACAGCGAUGCUGUCAGUCCCACAGUGCUUUGUGAGACCGAACGAGGCCAAGAAAGCAGCCGAUGACGCAAAAAUGAAAUUUGCUCAUAUCGAUGGUGACCAUUUGACGUUAUUGAAUGUUUAUCACGCUUUCAAACAAAAUCUGGAAGAUCCAACAUGGUGUUACGACCAUUUCGUGAAUUAUCGAUCCUUGAAGAGCGGUGAUAAUGUCAGAGAACAAUUGUGCCGAAUCAUGGACAGAUUCUCGCUCAAGCGUACCUCUACCGAUUUCACUUCGAAGGAUUAUUACAUCAAUAUUAGAAAAGCCCUCGUCAAUGGUUUUUUCAUGCAGGUUGCACACUUGGAGAGAACCGGUCAUUAUCAAACGAUCAAAGACAAUCAAGCUGUACAGUUACAUCCAAGCAGCUGUUUGGAUCAUAAGCCCGAAUGGGUUAUAUACAAUGAGUUCGUUUUAACGACGAAAAAUUAUAUUAGGACAGUGACUGACAUAAAACCCGAUUGGUUACUGACGAUUGCACCACAGUACUACGAUUUGCGAAAUUUCCCGCAGUGCGAGGCGAAAGCACAGCUGGAAUUAAUACAAACUCGAUUAGACUCGAAACAGUAUCAAGAGGGAUUUUAACCACCAAGUUUGAUAGAUACGAUUGAUAAUCGUGUUUAAAGCGUUUCGAAAAGAUGUUAUGGAACGUGUUGAAAUGAUUUUUCGCAAAUUAACACAACAAAGUAACACACAUACAGCGAUGGACUAAUUUGUCGUAACAUCUCCUGUGUUUGUUUUCUACCAGAAGUGAGAAAUCCACCAUUUGAAUGAAUCAGUGUAAACGACGGCAUGUUCGUCGAAGUAUGAAAUUCAAAAUAUAACGGACGGUUGAAGACAAAAUGUACAAUUUAUCAGUAAACAUAAAAAGAAGAAAAACAAUGGAAGAACAAAAAUUCGUUGAAAUAUUCGACAAAUUUGGAGAUGACAUCCCGCUAGGCGAAAUAGAUUAAUUUUUGUAUCCACUGUUGAAGUAACGUGUCAAAAAGGAUAGAUGUAAAAACGGAAAAUGGAACCCGCAUUAAAUAUUUCGUUUUUUUUGUCGUCAAGAACGACGUAUUUUCGUAAUUGGCGCUUCUUGAAUUUUGCGUAAUUUAUGAACUAACACGUACAACAAACAUUCGAAUUCAUGGUCACCAUUUUAUUAACAGGUUUAAGGAAUGAAAAUAUGUAGUUUUCUAGAAUCUUGGUGAUUUUCGUGCUUUGAUGUAAGAAUUUUGGCAAAAAAAAAAGAUACUAUUUUUUAUGUACGACGGUAUUGAUAUGAAAUUUGGAAUUCUAAGAAAAAAAAAAAUUUGCCUUGGGUUUGACAAACAAUUAUUGAGAAUUCACAUUGUCACAUUCUCAAUUAUACAGUGAUAAACAAGCUUUUUCUUUCACCAUAAUAAACUUAAUGAACUUGUGAUCUUUCCCCGGUAGUUACGAGCAUGAACUAAAGAGUAUUAACCGACGUCAAUGAGCAUAGUACGAAACGAUUAUCUGGCAACAAGAUUUUUGUGGAUAAAUGUGGGAAAAGAAAUGACAGACUUGGAAGUACUCGAAUUUCUUUACAAUUUCAUUAUGUAUCAAAAAGUCAUAUUUAAUAGUUGUUUUUGCUUUAUAUGACGCCUAACUCUUACACAAGGACUUAAGCUGGAUAGGGAAACAAUCAAAACAAAAAAAAUUGCUGUUUCAUGUCUGACGCACCUCGAAAUCAACAUACGUACAUAAUAUUACAAUGGCUUUGAAUUGUAAAAUAAAUACCCAAAGAAUCACGAAAAAUAUAUAUGAUUUCAAUUUUGUAUAUAGACGUAAACUGAAAAAGUAAAAACAGGAAAAAAACGCAAAGCACCAUAACGAAAAUGCGAGAGAACAAUGAUGUUUUUAUCAACUGUACACUGUAAUUACGUAUAAUAAAACGAUGGACGUGUA